GCAAUUGAGCUUCAGGACCCGAACUCUCUCUCUCUCUCUCUCUCUCUCUCUCUCUCUCUCUCUCUCUCUCUCACAUCCACACCAAACCCUAAUCCUAACCUUUCUCUCUCCAGAAAAUCGCCAUUUCUGGCUACUCUGCGGUGAAUAUGACCUGAAAUCGUACAAUUGGCGGCGAGUCCAGCUCAGACAGUGUACGGAUCCAUUAAAAAAUACAACAACGAAAAGAUCGAAGACGAUGCCGUCACACUCCGAUCUGGACCGUCAGAUCGAGCACCUGAUGCAAUGUAAGCCUUUGCCGGAAGCGGAGGUGAAGACGCUAUGCGAACAGGCGAGGACGAUCUUGGUCGAGGAAUGGAACGUUCAACCGGUGAAGUGCCCGGUCACGGUGUGCGGAGAUAUUCACGGUCAGUUCCAUGAUCUCGUCGAGCUUUUCCGGAUCGGCGGCGAGGCUCCCGAUACCAAUUACCUCUUUAUGGGCGAUUAUGUAGAUCGAGGAUACUAUUCAGUGGAGACUGUCACACUUUUAGUGGCUCUGAAAGUACGUUAUAGGGAUAGAAUCACAAUUCUAAGAGGAAAUCAUGAGAGCCGACAAAUUACUCAAGUCUAUGGUUUUUAUGAUGAGUGUUUGAGAAAAUAUGGAAAUGCAAAUGUGUGGAAGUACUUCACUGACCUUUUUGAUUAUCUGCCACUUACAGCAUUAAUUGAGAGUCAGGUGUUCUGCUUGCAUGGUGGACUCUCUCCCUCUUUAGAUACUUUAGAUAAUAUCCGUGCUCUGGACCGGAUUCAGGAGGUUCCUCAUGAGGGCCCAAUGUGUGAUCUGUUGUGGUCUGACCCAGAUGACCGAUGUGGUUGGGGAAUUUCUCCUCGAGGUGCAGGAUACACAUUUGGUCAGGAUAUUGCCACACAGUUUAAUCACACUAAUGGACUCACUCUUAUUUCUAGAGCACACCAGCUUGUCAUGGAAGGCUAUAAUUGGUGCCAGGAAAAGAAUGUCGUGACAGUGUUUAGUGCUCCAAAUUACUGCUACCGAUGUGGAAAUAUGGCUGCAAUCCUCGAGAUUGGAGAGAAUAUGGAGCAGAACUUCCUUCAAUUUGACCCUGCACCUCGUCAGGUUGAACCUGAUGCCACACGCAGAACUCCAGACUAUUUUUUGUAAUCUCCAUUAACUCUUCAAUCAUUGGCAAUUAUUCUUGUGUUAUGCCGUGUUUUUGUAGAUCUGUCUUAAGAAAUAGGAGUUUUGAUAUGUUAUUAAGAACACCGAAAACAUUUUUGUCGUUAUUUUGUUGGUUAAAAUUGUUCAGUUGUUUUAAGUUCAGAAGAGUUGAUAGGAUUACCUCAUAGAUUUAUUUGGCUUGUAUUAGAAAAUUCAAGAAAACGGCAAUAACAAACGAUCUUUGCUCUCUAAUCAUGGAGGUCAACAUAGAGGUCGUUUCCAUUUUUUCCAUUA